CAGCGUAGGACCCCUGCCGCGCAGCAUGGGACCCCUGCCGCGCACCCUGGAGCUCUUCUACGAUGUGCUGUCCCCCUACUCCUGGUUGGGCUUCGAGGUCCUGUGCCGGUAUAAGAACAUCUGGAACAUCAACUUGCAGUUGCGCCCCAGCCUCAUCGGGGGGAUCAUGAAAGACAGUGGAAACCAGCCACCAGCUCUGCUUCCCCGCAAAGCCCAAUAUAUGAGAAAUGAUAUUAGACUCCUGGGACAGCAUGUCCAGAUUCCCGUGCAGUUCCCCAAGGAUUUCUUCUCUGUGAUCCUUGAAAAAGGAAGUUUAUCAGCCAUGAGAUUCCUCACCGCUGUGAGCAUGGAGCACCCAGAGAUGCUGGAGAAAGUGUCCAGGGAACUAUGGAUGCGUGUCUGGUCACGGGAUGAAGACAUCUCGGAGCCCCAGAGCAUCCUGGCCGCUGCAGAGAAAGCUGGCAUGUCUACAGAACAAGCCCGGGGACUCCUGGAAAAGGUCUCAACACCAAACGUGAAGAACAAGCUCAAGGAGACCACCGAGGCAGCCUGCAAAUAUGGGGCUUUUGGGCUGCCGAUCACCGUGGCCCAUCUGGAUGGCCAAACCCACGUGCUGUUUGGCUCUGAUCGGAUGGAGUUGCUGGCACACCUGCUGGGAGAGAAGUGGAUGGGCCCUGUGCCUCCAGCCAUAAAUGCCAGACUUUAAGGCUGGCCAGGGGAAGCAAAACUAUUGGGAUGAAAAAGCAGACCUUCUUUUUUUUUUUAUUGUUAUGUUAAUGAAAAAGCAGAUCUUCUGCUUCCCCGUCUUCUACUGUGUGACACUAGGACUCUGAUUUCUCUGAUAGAGGUUCCUCUGUGGCCCUGGGGGAUGCUGUGGAGGGGGCAGCGUGGUACCCCAAACUCUGCUUUCCCUCAGAAUAAACUUAAUGCCAUCAGGCAUAA